CUCUCUCACAAACAGAAAAUUCUCAAAAAAGACUGCUUUUCACCCGCCCUUUUUAGUUUUGUCUUCCUUGUGAUUCUUUUUCUUCUUCUCUCUAAGCUUACCAGAAAACGCAAGGUAGAAGUCCAGGAGGAAAUGUGGCAGGAGCAGCCCAGUAGAUCUUCUUACAGGGAAUCCAUCAAAGCUUUAGAAGCUGAUGUACAACAUGCUAAUAGCCUAGCUGCAGCUCUCCCUAGGGAUUGUGGUGGGGAAUAUCUGCAGAUGAGAUUGACUUACAGCCCAUUUGCACCCUUCUUUGUAUUUUUAAUUGAAUGGAUAGAUUGCAGUUUUACAACCCUCCCAAGCUAUUUAGGCUUUCUUCACAUAGUCAUAUACAAGGUAUACUUAGAUGGAAUGACAAGCAUAUCUUCCAAGGAAAGUAAAGCCACUAUUAAGGAAUUCUACGCUGUCAUAUAUCCUACUCUUCGGCAACUUGAAGGUGAAUUAACUGAACUGGCGGACAAGAAUGAGAAAGGUGAAUGUCCUGAAAUUUCAGGAAGGAAGAGAGCCGAAGAGAGGUGGAAGCUUUCCAACAAGGAUCCAGAACGAGAGGAUGAAUGUGGGAUUUGUAUGGAAGCUUGCACCAAGAUGGUCUUGCCCAACUGUGGUCACUCCAUGUGCAUCAGCUGCUUUCGUGACUGGAAUUUGCGAUCUCAGUCCUGCCCCUUUUGCCGAGGUAGUUUAAAAAGAGUUAACUCGAAUGACUUAUGGGUUCUUACUGGCAAUGGUGAUGUGGUUGACACUGUGACUCUUGCAAAAGAGAACCUGAGACAUUUCUAUCUCUACAUCGACACCCUGCCACUUGUAAUGCCUGAGACCCUCUUCUUUGUAUAUGAUUACAUGAUCUGACCUAUGGAAGGAGGAUGACAUAUAGUUAUAUGGCGCCAACCGCCACUUGUACAAAUAAUCUGGGGUGGAGAUACGUGAAUUGUCAUCCAUACUCAUUUUGAAAGGAAUAACAAAAUGUGAGGACAGAGGGGGUCAGAGUUCUGUUCCACUAGUUGUAUACAAUUAACUGAUUGCUGGGAUCCCCAUUUCCUGGAUCUGGAACUAGGUGAUGCUUUACUUGCUACAGCAUGUCGAAGAACUAGCUGGUGCCUCUGAAGAUGUGUGACAUUGAAUGUUACUCAUGCACUGGAUUUGUUAUACUUCGCAUUCAUUCUCAGCUUUUGAGAACCUGAGAAUUGCAAUGAUAGUGAUCAUAAUAAGCUGUGCAUCGACUUGUAUUAAAAAUGCUUCAAACUAUGAUAUCCCUGUAUGUUGAUAAACUGUCAUAAUAAGAUAUAAUGGAAACACCAAAUGUGUACAUUGCUUGAUCUA